AUGCUACCUAUAGAAAACAGAAUAACGGAGGGAAAACGAAACGCUAAAUUUUGUUUGCUUCUGAAAAGGGCAAAAUUAACCGAGAUUGUUUACGCGUUAAGGAAAAACGAAGUUUCAGAUGGAAAAUAUGGGAAGGAAGUACUUAUGGCUGAAAUUGGAAAUGCUCGACUCCCUGCUACCGAUGCCCAGAAGGACAAGAGCUGUGCUGCUGAAGAGGAGGUACCCUUGUUAACUCUGGAGGAAGUGGCUGAGAUGACCAAUACGACUUACACAAAAAUUUCAAGGCUCUCCACCUUGGUGGUCUUGUCAACAGGGAUGGGGAAAUCUCUCUGCUACCAGCUCCCUGCCUAUCUCUACAGCAGACGGUCCCCCUGUGUGGCUUUGGUGAUCUCCCCUUUGGUGUCGCUGAUGGACGAUCAAGUCUCUGGCCUCCCUCAGUGCUUGAAAGCGGUCUGCGUCCACUCCGGCAUGUCGAAGGCUCAGCGGGAGGCUGCCAUGGAGCGGGUAAAGACCGGGAAAGUCCAGGUGCUCCUGCUCUCCCCCGAGGCGUUGGUUGGAGGAGGCCUCUCCAGCAGCAGCUGCCUCCCUCCCGCCGACCAGCUGCCCCCCGUGGCUUUUGCCUGCAUUGACGAAGUCCACUGUCUGUCCGAGUGGUCGCAUAACUUCCGCCCUUGCUACCUCCGGCUCUGUAAGGUUUCACUCAUCUUCGGGAACAUUCAAUGCAAGAACUAUCAAAUGAUGCUGCUGGAGGAAAACUCUACGUUCAACCUGAAGCCACAGGUUAGUCUCCUGGAAUUUAAUUUGUUCCUCUCAUAA